GUUGCUGCGGCCGCUGCGGAGCUGGGCCUCCCGGGCGCUGCGCCGCGACAGGCCCCGGAGCCCCGCCUCCAGCCCGGGGUCGCUAGGGGCGCAGCGUUGGGCCUGGCCUCGGGUGGCUCGCCCGCCAACCCCUCUUACACCGGAGCUACGAGUGGAGGUCACUCUGCGUUUUAACUAGCUGGACACCCAUCAGUGAGGAUCAUAAAUAUAAAAUGUGUGGAAAACGGAAAGCAGAAUAUACUAAGUGACCAAAGCUGAGCACAACUGGGGCCCUGACGUGCCAACAGGACCCCGGCGGCAGUUUCAGUGUCACACAGAUAAAGAUAGAGAAAAUGAAAAAGAGAAAAAAUCAGUGAUCUGUGUCGAGGGCAAUAUUGCAAGUGGGAAGACGACAUGCCUGGAGUUCUUCUCCAACACAACUGACAUCGAGGUGUUAACGGAGCCCGUGCCCAAGUGGAGAAACGUCCGAGGCCAUAAUCCUCUGGGUCUGAUGUACCAGGACGCCUGUCGAUGGGGCCUCACGCUGCAGACAUAUGUGCAGCUUACCAUGCUGGACCAGCACACUCGUCCUCAGACAUUGCCUGUACGGUUGAUGGAGCGGUCGAUUCACAGCGCAAGAUACGUUUUUGUAGAAAACUUGUAUAGAAGUGGGAAGAUGCCUGAAGUGGACUAUGUGGUCCUCUCGGAAUGGUUUGACUGGAUUGUGAGGAACAUCGACGUGUCCAUUGACUUGAUCGUUUAUCUCCAGACCACUCCUGAGACCUGUUACCAGAGGCUAAAGAUGAGAUGUAGGGAAGAGGAGAAGGUCAUUCCACUGGAAUACCUGGAUGCUAUUCACCACCUGUACGAGGAGUGGCUCAUCAAAGGGAGCCUUUUCCCCGUGGCGGCCCCUGUUCUGGUGAUUGAGGCUGACCACGACAUGGAGAAAAUGUUAGAACUCUUUGAACAAAACCGGCACCGAAUACUAAUUCCAGAGGAUCGGAAGCUUGGUCCAUAGGAUGGGGAAGAUCAUGCCAGAGAAAUGCCCGCUGCUGCCAAGUUAGCUCUCACGAGCAAUUUGGAACAAUCCACUCUUGGGAGGGCUUUCUAUCUGGGCACAUUUGUCUUCCUAAUGGUCUUCUCUCCUUUACCAGUGUCUUUUUCCUGGGAUUCUGGCCCUCGUGGGUAAAUGACAUGAUGGGACCAAUGGGUUUGUCGCAGCCUUUUGGUGUCGCAGCCUUGCAUUCCCCCGGUGGUUUCCCACCUCUGGAUUCCUCUAAGUUAGGGAAGAGCCACCUGACUGACCCUGGGCUCAUGGUCUCUAGCCCUUCAGACCAUCCUCGAGGGCGAGGUAGCGGUCUUACAUCCCAGGGGAGGAAGUUGAAGCUCAGACAGGCUAAGGGACUCCCCGGGGUCACACAGCCAGUGACAGUGGAGUCAGCACCAUUCAGACUUUUGGUGACUCCCAAACGAUCAGUCUCUUGCCCCAGGCUGCCUCAUCCCAAGAGCCCUACCUUCCCUGCUGGAGAGCCCCGCACGUGCGUGGGAGUGUGUGUGUGUGUGUGAGUGUGUGAGUGUGUGUGUGUGUGUGUGUGUAGUGGGGGCAGCAGUGCAUGCAGCCAGCAUCAUCAUUUUCUCCUGAUUUGAGCAGCUCCUGAGGACAGUUAGCAUUUCUAGACUUUCACAAAAUUGUGCGGUAUUUGGCUCGAGCCCAGUGUUCAGUAAUUCACUAGCAUGAGGCUGAUGUGGUACUUACCACCUCGUCAUCGGGACUUCCCCAUCCUUAGAAGAAUCAUGGUUUGGCUCCUGAAUGGUGCUCGGUCUUCUUGGUGACGAAGGUCCUGCUUGAGCUGCUGCCGAUUCCCCGGCAGGGCAAUGGCCUGUGGCGCCAGGCUGGUGUGCCCAGUGCUGUGCUGGGGCAAGGGGCUGCCAGCCUGGCUUCUGAGGCUCCCUUCCUCCAUAGUGGCCUUGUGUGAAGAGCUUCACCCUUGGAAUUCCUGGGAGUUUGUGGCCCAGGGGAGAGACACAGUGGCCUUACGUCUUUUUGAAAUGUUUUUCCAUCCAAAGGGACACCAUGGGCCCUAGGGCAUGAACCAUCUUUAUUAGUUCAGAGACUAUCUUAGCUCCCCUCAGCUGUAACAAUGCACUGAAGGCACGGCUUUCUCCUGAGUCAAGUAGGAAGCAAGAGAAAGGAAGAACAUUCUCUUCAGGGACAGUCUGGGCAGGAAACUUGGGGCUGGCAAGCAAAGGCUCUUGGAGCACUGGAGCUCCUGAAUUUUGGAGGUGGGUGGAGAGAGCUUCCAGAAGGCUGUUUGCAGACACGGGGAAGGAUUGAUUAUGAACUUGGGGAAACAGGCCUUGGCCUCUCCCGAGUGGUGGUUGGUGUACCUGAAGGUUGGAAGGCCUCGUCCCAGCCUCUGUGUGAGUGUGGCACCUGUGCACGUAAUUCUCUGACGCUACAUAGGUGAGAGGUGCCCCUGGUGGCCCGGGCCCAGAGGCAGCACUAGGAGGGCAGCACUCUGGCUUCCGGCCCUUUCUGGCUGGACUGACUCCUGGGCCGUGUGCACAGGGUGAGGGCGGGAGCCGGGUGGGGAUGUGUCUCUCAGCCCAGUUGUUGGUGAUGGACCAGAAACCUGGGGAAGGCAGCGCCUCUGCUUCCAGGCAUCUGGACAUGCUGGGACCAUCUUUGGGCCUUUGCAAACAAACAGUCCAAUUUCCCCUCAACUUGAGCAUCUGUUUUGGGGGAAAUGUGAUUUAAAAAAAAAAAAAAUCUUGCUCUGUGAUAGCCAAUAAAUCCUUCACUUAAA